CAGAGCGGAAGUAGAGAACAGACAUAGUAAACGAUGACAGACUUCAUCAAACCUGAGAACGUUUCUCCAUCUCAAGAUGCUAGUGAAUGGCCAUUGUUGCUGAAGAACUUUGACAAGCUGCUUGUGAGAAGUGGUCACUAUACACCAAUUCCAGCAGGCUCUGCUCCACUCAAGAGAGACCUCAAGUCUUACAUCUCCUCUGGUGUCAUCAACUUGGAUAAGCCAUCCAACCCAUCUUCCCACGAAGUUGUUGCAUGGAUCAAGAGAAUCCUCAGAUGUGAAAAGACCGGUCACUCCGGUACUUUGGAUCCAAAGGUCACCGGUUGUUUAAUUGUGUGUAUUGACAGGGCCACUAGAUUGGUCAAGUCCCAACAAGGUGCUGGUAAGGAGUACGUGUGUAUCGUCAGACUCCAUGAGGCCCUCGACGAUGAGAAGGAAAUGGGUAGAGGCCUUGAGAACUUGACUGGUGCUCUUUUCCAAAGACCACCUCUCAUCUCUGCUGUUAAGAGACAACUUCGUGUUAGAACCAUCUACGAGUCAAAACUCAUCGAAUUUGAUAACAAGAGAGGUCUCGGUGUCUUCUGGGCCUCUUGUGAAGCUGGUACCUACAUGAGAACCUUGUGUGUUCAUUUGGGUAUGCUUCUCGGUGUUGGUGGCCACAUGCAAGAGCUUAGACGUGUUAGAUCUGGUGCUCUUGGUGAAACCGACAACUUGGUCACUUUGCACGACGUUAUGGAUGCUCAGUGGACCUACGAUAACACCAGAGACGAGUCCUAUUUGAGAAGAAUCAUCCAGCCAUUGGAGACUUUGCUCCUUGGUUACAAGAGAAUUGUUGUUAAGGACUCUGCUGUGAACGCUGUAUGUUACGGUGCUAAACUCAUGAUUCCAGGUUUGCUCAGAUAUGAAGAAGGUAUUGAGCUCUAUGACGAAGUUGUCUUGAUCACAACAAAGGGUGAAGCCAUCGCCAUCGGUAUUGCUCAGAUGUCCACUGUCGAUUUGGCCUCAUGUGAUCACGGUGUUGUUGCUAAGGUUAAGAGAUGUAUUAUGGAGAGAGAUCUCUACCCAAGAAGAUGGGGAUUGGGCCCAGUAGCUCAAAAGAAGAAGCAAAUGAAGGCUGACGGUAAGCUUGACAAGUUUGGCAGAGUUAACGAAAACACCCCGGCUGAUUGGAAGAAGACCUAUGUCGAUUUGGAAGGUAACCCAGAGCCAACCGCUUCCUCCACCACUGCUACACCAAGCAAGCCAUUGAUCAAGGAAGUCGAGAUGACUGACUCUCCUGCUCCAGAGGCUGAUACCACUGCUGAUGUGACAGUCUCUGAAACCCCAUCUAAGAAGGAAAAGAAGGACAAGAAGGAGAAGAAGGACAAGAAGGAGAAGAAAGAAAAGAAGGAGAAGAAGGAAAAGAAGGAAAAGAAGAGAAAAGCUGAUGAUGAAGAGGAAGAAGGCGAGAAGAAGAAGAAGGCCAAAAAGUAAGCCCAAUACCUUCCAGAAUGAGGAAUGCUACAAGGUCCAUUAUAGCGUCUCUCUGUCGUCAUCAACUUUGGCUUAUUUCAUGUGUAUAAUAGGUUGUUAUCAUUGUUUAAUCACAAGUUACUAGAAUCGAAAAA